GGCACUUAACAGGUCUUGGAGCUCGUCCUCCUGAAGUUCAGAGCAUGUUGAUUUAACAUUGUUUUGAAGUCAGUAUCGUUUUGGACCUUGUCUGUCUCCCCAAAUAGUGCUCAGCAGGAGCCAAGAUGGUGUCUCUGUCUCUGCUUCUUGUCUUCACUUUGAUGUCCCAUUCUCAAGGACAGGGAAAAUCAUCACCCACCGAGGUCAAGAACAAAUCGAGCAAAGAUGCCCGCUGCAGCUUUUUUGGUGAAUAUCGCAUCCAGACUUUCGAUGGGAACUUUUAUGAGUUUCCAGGAAGUUGCAGCUACAAACUGGCCGGCGACUGCUUCAAAAAUUCGUUCUCUCUUUUAGGUAACUACCAGGCUGGAAAACGGAAAAGCAUUUCUUUGUAUCUGGGAGAAUACUUUGAAGUCACUGUAACUUUAAAAGGAGAAGUGUCAGUGAGGAAAAAAAGGAUCUUGCUGCCGUUUGCAUCCCACGGGGUGUUUAUAGGGACAGAAGCAGGUUUCUAUAUCAUAUCAAGCGAUGAACAUGGGUUCACAGUUAGGAUCGACACAAGUGGAAAUGUGGUCAUCAUGCUGUCGCAAAAAUAUUUUAGUCGAACAUGCGGACUUUGUGGCAAUUACAAUAACUUUCCUCAAGAUGAUUACAUAACUCAAGAAGGUUUUCAGGUGGAGAACAGUUAUGAUUUUGCCAACUCUUGGGCAAUGCAUGAUGCUGAGGAACUAUGCAACAGAGUGUCUCCUCCGAGCAAAACCUGCAACAUGUCUUCUGAGGCAAUACAGAAUAACAUUAUGGAAAAGUGCAGAAUGCUCAAAACAAGCCAAAUAUUUGGAAAAUGUAAUGAUCACGUGGAUCCAGAUCCAUUCAUCGCUAGUUGUGAGGAUGAUACAUGCCACUGUGAAGGAAGGAAUUGUCACUGUCAAGCAUUUCUGGAAUAUGCAAGGUCCUGUGCUCAGAAAGGUUUAAUCCUCAAUGACUGGUUUACAGCAAGUGAUUGUGUCCUGAAAUGUCCGACUAGGAUGGAAUAUCAAGCGUGUGUGCCAGCCUGUGAACAAACAUGCAGGAGUUUGAAUAUUAAUCAGUUAUGUCACGAACAAUGCAUGGAUGGCUGCACUUGUGAAGAUGGGAAAAUACUGGAUGGGGACACUUGCGUAGCUUCUUCAGAAUGUUCCUGCAUGCACAUGGGUAAACAGUACCCUCCAGGUUCAAGUAUCUCCCAGGACUGCCAUGCAUGCAUUUGCAGCCACGGAAAAUGGGAGUGCACCAAUGAGGAGUGUCCAGGGGAAUGUUUUGUCAUUGGACAAUCACACUUUAAGAGUUUUGAUGAUAAGUAUUUCACCUUCAGUGGGACAUGCCAGUACUUACUAGCUAAGGACUGUGAAGAAAAUACAUUUUCAGUCUUCAUUGAGAAAGUGCAGUGUGCAGAUGACCCAGAUGCAAUUUGUGUAAGAUCAGCUACACUGAAGUUCCAAGAGCUGGGCAACAUGACUAUAAAACUUAAACAUGGCGGUAGAGUUUCAGUGAAUGGCAUGGAUGUACAGCCACCGCUAAUUCAAGGUGUUCUUCGUAUUCAGCACACUGUUCUGUUGUCGAUUCGGGUGACCUAUGAUCAAGACUUUCAGUUUGACUGGGAUGGAUACGGAAAGGUUUAUCUGAAGCUGGGAGUCAUAUACACAGGUACAACCUGUGGUUUGUGUGGAAAUUUCAAUGGAAAUCAAGGUGACGACUUCCUCACGCCAUCUGGACUUGUUGAAACUGAAACGGUCAAUUUUGGGAACUCUUGGAAGGUGAAUGGAGGCUGUGCUGACCUGAAGCGGAUACAUGCUGACCCAUGCAAUUUAAAUCCCAAGAGAGUGACAUAUGCUGAGGAGGUUUGCUCUGUUCUCCUGUUAACUGAAUUUGAGCCUUGCCACCAUGAAGUGAAUCCUGCACCAUUCCUCAAGAUCUGUCACUAUGAUGUGUGUUCCUGCUCCAAUGGCAAUGAAUGCAUGUGUUCUGCUGUUGCCAGUUAUGCUGCAAUGUGUGCCAAGAAAGGGGUACUUAUUAACUGGAGGUCCCCAAACUUCUGUGAAAUGACUUGUCCUGAAGGUAAGAUUUAUAAACAGUGUGGCACCCCUUGUAACCAGACGUGUAGAUCGAUCUCUAACCCAGACUCGGAUUGCACUGAAUUUUGUCUCGAAGGAUGCUAUUGCCCAUCCAAUCUUUAUGUUAAUGAAGAUGGUCAAUGCGUGCCCAAAUCAGAAUGCUCCUGCUACUUCAACGAUGAAAUCUACAAACCAAAAGAGGACAUAACAUUUGAUUUCACUAUGUGCUAUUGUGAAAAUGGUGUGAUGCAUUGCAGUGCAAGUGAAUUCAUCCACAGUUAUCAACAAAGCAUUUUCUUGAACACAGAAGAAAGUGUCAGAGCCAAACGAGAGAUAAGCUGCAGCCCACCAAUGAGAAGAGUUGUUUGCUCUGAAGAUGAUCCUACAGCACAAGGUAUUGAGUGUAUGCAGACAUGUCAAAACUAUGACUUGGAUUGCGUGAGCUCAAAAUGCACAUCAGGCUGCAUGUGUCCUCACGGGAAGGUACAACUAGCGAACACAUGCAUUUCUCCAGAAAUGUGUCCAUGUCUACACAAUGGCAAGGAAUAUGCUCCUGGUGAAUCUAUCGGGCAGGACUGCAAUACCUGCAAAUGCCUUAAUCGCAAAUGGCACUGCACUGACAAGGUCUGUGAUGGCACCUGCAUCGGGGUCGGUGAGGCCCACUACAUAACUUUUGAUGGUCUGAAGUAUACAUUUCCAGGCAAAUGUCAGUAUGUCCUGGUUCAGGAUAGUUGUGAUGGAACUGAAGGGACAUUUCGCAUAAUAGUGGAACACACUGGCUGUGGCUUGCCAGGAGAAGAAUGUUCAAAAGACAUCACUGUGUUCUAUGAAGGAGGAGAGUUGGAGCUGUUUGGAAAUGAGGUGACCAUCAAAAAUCCGGUUAAGAAUGGAGAUAUUCAGAUAUUCACGUCUGGUCUUUACUACAUAAUUGUAUUGGGUAAAAAGAUUACUGUACUGUGGGACAAGGGCACUCGAAUUUCUGUUCAACUUCAGGGCCAGUACAAGGGUAAAGUCUGUGGAUUGUGUGGUAAUUUUGAUGGAAAUGAAAAUAACGAUUUAGUGGGCAGUGGCAAUCAACUUGAGGUUGAGCCCAUUGACUUUGGGAAUUCAUGGAUGGUGAAACAUCUGUGUGCAGAUGCCUACCAGACACCUUCUCCAUGCAGUGGAAACAGCUUGAAGCAAGCGUUGGUUGAAAAUUCAUGUGAUAUCAUAAAAAGUGGCCUGUUCAGUGAAUGUGCACAGUUGAUCAACCCUCAGCCUUUCUGGGAGAUUUGUGUGUAUGACACCUGCUCAUGUGACUCCACUGGAGAGUGCCUUUGUCUCUGCAAUGCUAUUGCUGCCUAUGCACAUGAAUGUGCACAACUUGGUAUUCUUGUCCAGUGGAGGGCAGCCAAUCUAUGCCCAAUGAGCUGUGAAGAACUGAACAGUGGACAACCAGAAUACGUGUGUGAGUGGAGGUACAAUGUGUGUGCGCCUGCCUGCCCUAGGACUUGCCAACAUCAUCUUCAACAGGAAGACUGCCCUGUGAAGUGUGUGGAAGGAUGUCAUGCACAUUGUCCUUCAGGAACCAUACUGGAUGAGAGUUCACAGAAAUGCAUUGAUCCUGCAUUGUGCCCUGUCUGUGUCCAUGAGGAUAAGCGUAUUCCAGAUGGACAGGCAAUCACUAUCAAUGAAGGAACCGAAGAAUGUCAGACCUGCCUAUGUACCGGAACUUUCUUGCAUUGCCAAGUUUGCCCUCUGCCGAUACCAAAGAUAACAACGACACUGACACCAGAAGUCACUCCUAUGGUUGGUGGCUGCCACAAAGUAAUGGAGUUGGCUUUCUUGAUUGAUGGCAGUAAGUCAUUUUCAAAGAGACAGUUUGAAGAUGUGAAGAGGUUUGUGUUGGCAAUGAUGGAACAGAUGCAGAUUGGCCAGUCGAACAUCCGGGUUUCUGUCCUGCAGUUUCAUUCACGCAUCAACAAACAGUUUGACCUGUGGGAAAAGAAGAGUGUAAGACAACUUAAAACAUUAGUGAGAACAAUGGAAUACAUUGGGGGUUCUAAAUCAAACACAUAUGAAGCUUUGAAACACACAUCAGUUCUUGUGUUUGGAAAGGAUGCAAGGAAAAAGGUUCCCAGAAUAGCCAUACUUGUGACAGCGAGUACCUCAUCCAAUGAUGUUAAAAGGGCCUUACCAUUCGUCAUCAGGAGGAAAGUCACGGUGAUCACAGUCGGCAUUGGGUCAGGUAUAAAUCCAAAGGAAAUAGGCUUGAUAACAGCCAAAUCACCUGGAGGCAAGUCAUUUAUUUUGAAAAAUGUUGAUGAUCUUAAAGAAUAUGAAAGGGCAAUCUUAGAUUAUGUGUGUAGUCGUGGAGCUACCCCCCCAACUCCUUCAACCAUGGGAACACUGCUGCCAGAAACAACCACUUCAAGCACGACUUCACCAUCAGCUGCCCAUUUAGCGAUCACCACCCUAGCGCCGAAUAAAGUAAAGAAACAUGAUGUUGUGUUCCUAGUGGAAGCAUCUGACAGGGUGGGGGAAGGUAACUUUAACAAGACAAAGGAAUUCAUGAUUAAAACUGUUGAAAAGUUCCAUGAAACAGAGCAAACCACACAUGUAUCUGUUGUCCAGUACUCAGAUAAAGUAAAUGAUGAAUUUAGUUUUAUAAGCGUUCAGCGAAGCCAGGAAGUGAUCGAAAGAAUAAGACAAAUGCGGUAUCAUGGAGGAGAGCACACCAAUACAGGCAAUGCUCUAAUGCACAUCAUUGAAGCAACCUUAACAACGCAGAAUGGUGCGAGGGAAGAAGCACCUGACUUGGUGUUUAUGAUAACCAGCAACCCCCCAUCAGACAGUAUCACAAAUCCUAUAAACAAUGUCAAAGAAAGUGAUGUCGCAUUAAUAUCAAUUGUUGUUGGUACUGACAUUGAUAUAGCCGAGUUCCCACUUCCAGUUGUACCAACUAACUAUGACAAUAUUACUAAUAUAAUUGAUGAGGUUUACAAAACUUGCUGCCAACCAGCCAUUACUGAAACCACAGCUGCCACCACAAUGACAACUACCACUGCUACCACAGCAACUACGAUAAGUUCAACAGUGCUGUCAUCAGUUCCGUGCACUGAACCAAUGGAUGUUGCCAUACUCCUCGAUGGCAGUGACAAUGUUGGAGAGGCACAAUUUGAAGAAAUGAAAACAUUUGUGAAAUCCUUUAUUGGGAGAAUCCAAACAGGGGUAGAUGCCACUCAUAUCUCCAUCCUGCAGUAUGGGAAGAUCAACACACUGGAAAUUGCUUUUGAUGAAAAUCAAGAGAAGGAAAAUCUUCUACUUCUGAUUGACAAUAUCCAGCAAAGGGAGCCAGGGCCAAGUCAAAUAGGAAAAGCACUCUCCUUUACUGUGCAGAAUGGAGUUACGGAGGCGAAAGGAGCCCGAGUUGGUGUACCGAAGAUUGCUGUAGUGAUAGCUACUGACAUCUCUAAGGACAGUGUUGAUUGGGCAGCACAGGAAGCAAUCGUAACAGGUGUUACAGUGAUCCCAAUAAGAAUAGGGCAAAAAUAUGACGAGCAACAACUUUUAACCUUAGCGGGGCAAAAUCCAAAUAACAUCAUUCACCUGGGUGAAUUGGAAGAUCUUGCCAUGAAGGUGACACUUAGUGAUGAGUUUAUAGAAAAAGUCUGUGCAGCGACUAUACCUCAGGAAUGCAUUGAUGACAAGGGGAAUCGGCGACAGGCUGGAGAGAGGUGGAUGUUGCCUGAUAAGUGUCACAGCUUCAUGUGCAAACCAAAUGGAGAAGUUCUUUCCGUGAAUCAUAAAGUAAACUGUGAGAAGCUACAUAAACCGACCUGCAGCAACAACCUUCCCAGCAUCAAGGUUGAGGAAACGUGUGGCUGUCGGUUUGAAUGCCCCUGUGUAUGCACAGUGACUGCAAAAACACUGAUUUCUACUUUUGAUGGGCGCGAGUUCUCAUUAACUGGAAGCUGCUCUUACAUGUUACUACAAGUUGAAAGUCAAGAUACAAAAAUAAUCAUUCAUAAGGGCCCAUGUCACUUGGUUGCCAAUGAAAACUGUAUCAAAUCAAUUGAAAUAAAGCAGUUCAAUACUGUGACUCUGUUACAUGAUAAUAUGACAGUUUCAGUCAAUGGAAAAUUAGCCUUUCUACCUCUAAUUGUUGGGAACAUGGAUAUCAUUGACCAUGGGUCCAGCAGCUUUGUAGCAAAUAUCCCAGAUUUGGGGUUAAUUCUUGUCUACAGUCCAUUGAACAAUCUUUUUGGCCUUUGGAUUUCUCCUACCUUGUUCUUUGCCAAAGUAUCUGGACUUUGUGGAACAUGUGACAAUGAACAGUUAAAUGACUUUGAACUCCGGGAUGGUUCUGUAGCUGAAGAAAGCCUCACCUUUAUAAAUGAUUGGACUCUGAAAGAAUCGAUAUCACAGAGUUGUGUCGAACAAGUGCCAAAGGAACUGGAAUGUGUAAGGCCAGGGGACGAGUGCAGCAUUCUGCACUCUUCAGUAUUUGAUGAAUGCCACAAAGUAGUUGAUCCACAGCCAUACCUCAGACUGUGCCAACAGAAGGUCUGUAAUGGCAGUGACAUCUGUGACUCCAUCUCAGCGUACAGCUUCAGGUGCAAACUUCUGGGCAUCUGCGUCAAGUGGAGGUCGAAUGAUUUUUGCCCUAUCCAUUGCCCCAACUCGCUCGUAUAUGAACCUUGUGGGGUAGAUUGCAUCCGCCAUUGUGAUAGCAUUAUGCAAAAGAACACCACGCAUUGUCUGACUUCUCCAACUGAAGGCUGCUUCUGUCCGGAAGGGAAGGUGCUAUUGAAAGGAAAAUGUGUCACUGUUGACGUGUGCACUCAAUGUACUGAUGAUCAGCAAACCCCUCAUCAGCAUUUGGAUACUUGGAUACCACAUGACAAACCUUGCCAGUUGUGCAUGUGUUUAGACAACAGGCAGAUCAACUGCACGAACAGACCAUGUCCCACUGUGACAGUCCCAGUGUGUGGGCCGUGUGAAAAACCAAUAUUACAGCGGAACGCUGAUGAGUGCUGUCCACAGUAUGUGUGUGUUUGUGAUUUGCUAGACUGUGACCUGAAACAUCCCCCAAUAUGUGAGGAUGGAAGUUCUCAAUCACUGAAAAAUCCAGGCGAAUGCAGGCCAAUUUAUGAAUGUGUCUGCAAUAGGAACCAAUGCGGAGGCAAGCCUGUAAAAUGCCCACCUCACCGAUCACUGUCUGUUAUAAAGACUCAGUGUUGUGACAAAUAUGAAUGUGUUUGCAGUUGUAACAAUGAAAUAGCAAGCUGCCGUACUGGAUACUCAGUCAAGUCAGUAAUAAAUGACUGCAACUGCACCACAUCCUAUUGUGAACCUAAUGAGGUUUGCAUUCACAAUGGUGUUGUCCAUAUGACUGGAAGGACCUGGGAGGAGUCUUGCCAGGAAUGUUCUUGCACUGACAGGAAGGACAUCAUCACAGGGCUUUAUGAGGUGCAGUGUCAUACUAAAACCUGCAACAAAGAUUGUCCAACUGGAUACGUCUACAGAGAAGUGGAAGGUGCAUGCUGUGGAAAAUGCAAGCGCUCAGUCUGUGAAGUAAAUGUUUUUGGAAGAGGUGAUGCAAAUCCACAGAAAGUUGUACAUCGAGCUGGAGAGCAAUGGACAUCCCCGGACAAUCCAUGUAUCACACUGGAAUGCAUGGAGCUCAAUGGAGAAGUGAUUCUGCAUAAAAAGAAUAAGUCCUGUACCCAUAUUGAUGUACCGAAAUGUCCUCUUGGCUAUGAGCUGAAGUGUGACAGAGUCAUAAAUUGUUGCCCAAUGUGCCAAUGUGUUCCAGGCAAUGUUUGCAUCCUGAAUGGAACCAGCAUUGGGGCAGGAGACUCUGUGAAGAUAGAUGACUGCACCAAUUGUCAUUGCUUAGAAGAAGCAGACAAAUUGACAAAUGCACAUUCACUCCAGUGUAGAACAGUGCGUUGCAAAGCUUGCCCUGAUGGGUACAAAGUGAAGAAAGAGAAAGGUUCUUGUUGUGGAAUAUGUCUGGCUACAAGGUGCAUUAUCAGUCUGGCGAAUGGGACACUGGUUAUGUUAAAGGCAGAUGAAAGUAUGCAAGAUAACUGUGACUCAUACAGAUGUAAAGUAAAUGAAGGAGGAGAGUUUUCCACAGAAAAGCGAACCACACUGUGUACUCCGUUUGACAAGGAAGAAUGUAAAUCUGGAGGGGGUGAAAUUAUACGUGUGGAUAAUUCCUGCUGCUUCACCUGCAAGUCCACGUCACAGCAGUGUAAAAAGAUAACUGGAAUAAUUAAACACAUUAGGAUUGAUGACUGUAUGACUGAGGGAGAAGUUAACAUGCAUUAUUGUGAGGGGCACUGUCUAAGUAAAACUGCCUACUCCAUAGAGAAGGAUGACAUGCAGAAUGAAUGCACCUGUUGUUCAGCAACAGCAUCGACACCCAUGCUAGUGCCGCUGAGAUGUCAGAAUGGGACUGUGAUACAACACAAAGUAAUUGACAUGCAAGAAUGUGCAUGUGUUGCUCAUAACUGUGAGUGAAUGCAGUAAACAUGUAAAAGGCAGUCACUGGAUUUACUGUUUGAUCCAGAACUGUAUUAUUUCAAGUUCAGUGUUGAGCUUAGUGGUCUUGCCAUUUCGCAAAUAAAAGUUCUCCACCUAAUGUUAUUUCUUACUAUGAAAAUGUUCCUUGGUACAUAUGAUUAAUUGCAAAAUCUUGAUUUAUUGCUGUAUUAACAAUUCUGAAUUAAUGUCUUACUGAUCAUAUAAAAUGUAAUGGUUUUGAAUUUACUCAAAAGAAGACAAUAAAUCUUUAUCAGUUGUGUAGAACCAUAAAA